AUGGAAGCGACUCUCCGUUUCGUCGCUGCCAAUCGACAUCGACUCUUAUCCCCGAUAGGAUGGGGACUCCUAGCUUUGCCCGAUGACGGCCCCGUAUGUGAUGCACCCUCAAAGCCACUGUCUCCGAUGGGGAAGGCUAACAAAUCAUCGCGUUCUCCGCAAGGAAUUCCCGGGGCACAGUCACGCGCGGACUCCGUCGAUCGGGACAGGAAGGGGAAAGGCAAGGCCGGGGAAGUCCAGGAGUACCUCUGGGAGGACGUACAGGAGAAUGGAUUGGACUACCCCCAGGUCGACAAAUACAAAUAUGAUCGGGAGGACGAGCAGGAGGCCGUCUUCCCCUUUACCUUCCGACCCCCAGUCGCAAAGCCCGGCAAGUACGCCCAUCUCGGGCCCCCGUCCCAGUACUUUUCCUUCACCCAUAUCACACAGACCGGGGCAGACGCGCACGAUACGCGUGUGUGCAUCAACCCCGAGGAUAUCCACCGUGAGACCAGCUGCGUAGAGGGAGACGAAAGCGCAGAUGCACCCGGCGACAAAGGCACUCCCGCCGUUCCUGCAGCCACCCCCCUGCCUCGCGAGAUCGCCCCCCUCCCAAAGCGCGCACGCGCACGCGCCUCCCGUGCCCGUGCCCCAAAGACCGCAAAGUCCAAACCCCCACGAACGCGCAUCAACCGCAAAUAUACGGAGAUCCGCGACGGCGUGAGUGCUCCCUCCCUCCCUCCCAACGCUGAUGCUGAUUCGAGCUUAAUCGCUUGCUUCCCCCGGCUGCGGUGA